AUCAGCACAAAUUAGAAUUACCAGAACCAUUAACUUUAGUCCCAAACAAAGCUGAAACUAUUUUCAAUUUCCGCAAAGCAAACUUUGUCUUUAUGUACGAAAUAAUGUCGACUAAUGAUUGGAGUGAUAUUUAUCAGUGCAUGGAUCCUAAUGCAGCGACUGAAAUGUUGCAACAAAGUUUGUAUAGAAUAUUCGAACGAACUGAACCCAAAAAAAUUAUUCCGACCCGUAGGUUCCCACCAUGGUAUUCCUUAGACACAAUAAAUAAAAUAAAAGAAAAAGAACGAGUACAUAAAAACUCCAAAAGAUAUGGAGAUGAAGCAUCUCGUACAAGAUUUGAUUCUUUAAGAAGGACGAUAAAAACUCAAGCUGACAACGAAUAUCCUAAUUUUAUUUUGGCAGCAAAAAGCAAUAUUUUAUCAGAUCCUUCUCAGUUGUGGAAUUUUAUCCACAGUAUAAAAGGAAUAUCCCGUUUACCUGGGACCUACCACACGAUAGCGAAUGCUGCUGCUGAUGGAUUGAGACGGUAUGACGAGGUAGAAAAUGCAGUAUGGUGGCUGUUAGUCGUAUAA